CCAUUGAUAUUAGUUCUGAAUGUGAAAAAUAUCAAGAUAUUAUAAAUAAAACUGAAUCAAUGCUUCUUGAAUUAGAGUUAAUGAAUAUUAAAGUAUGUGCUAUUGUUACUGAUAGUACAGAGGCUUAUGUGGCUACAAA